AAAGAGAGGACGGAACAGCAACAUGCAAUAAAGAGAGGACGGAACAGCAACAUGCAAUAAAGAGAGGACGGAACAGCAACAUGCAAUAAAGAGAGGACGGAACAGCAACAUGCCCUCUGUUUUCGGAGCUGGAGAAACGUAGACCUCUGAUGGGAAAAUGUAUUCCUUGCCGUGACAAACUGAGCGCACUCCAGCGCCAUUACGCACAUAUAUUACCGGUCACCUGUUGAUGCCUGGAACUCGGGGAGCUGUUUAAAUUUGUUGGGGGGAGAUGUGAAGUGAUCGGCGCUGGACCAAAUGCCCGAACCUUCCACAGCACCGCGUGGCACGCUGUUUCUCCGUUAUGCGGUAGGAUGAGCGCUGAUCUGGAGCGCGCUUCGCCCAACACAUCGGUGAACUCGGCCGGCGUAGGGAGCCGUGCGCUCUCGACAAAUGUCCGAAGGCUCCAUAACACACUCAAUGUUCUGCUAAGUGACCUGGAGAGAGAGCAAUUUAUCCACUGUCUAAAUGUUUACCACGCCAAACGCAACGUUUACGACCUGGUCCAGACUCUCAAAGUGAUUCUCAACACGUCCGCGAAGCGACAGCUGCUGCCCAUGCUGCGUCUCGUCAUCCCCAGGUCCGACCAGCUCCUCUUUGACCAGUACACCUCCGAGGGGCUCUACCUGAAAACAGACCUGCUGCCCAGCAACGGCAGCGCGGAAAGCUUCGGAGAUGAGGGCGAUUCUACUCUGCAGUCGUAUAUCAGCUCAGUCUGCGAGCAGCCUCUCACGACGACUUGUCCGGAACCGACUGUUUCCUUGGCCCCGCUCUUCAGCGAGGGCCUCUUCGGAGAAGUGCGUCAAGUUACCCUGACGCGCUCCAGGAGCCAAGAGGGUCUAGGUUUCAGCAUCCGCGGGGGGUCAGAGCACGGCGUGGGGAUCUACGUGUCGCUGGUGGAGCCGGGCUCAUCGGCCGAGAGGGAAGGACUGAGGGUUGGGGACCAGAUAGUAGCAGCGAACAACUCGGUGUUUGACUCUGUCUCUCACACGGAGGCGGUGAAGGUGUUGAAGGGAUGUAAGAAGCUGACCAUGUCAGUGUGUUCAAUGGGUCGCAUCCCAGGAGGAUACAAGACCAACCAAGUGUACAGCUGGCUGGACCCUCAGGGCCGGAGUGUGUCUCCACCACCUGAUAGCCAGGAGGCCGACCUGAGGCAAGGACACGGCAUGGAGGAGAGGACGGUCAACCUGAAUAUGGACAACGGUCGCUCUCUGGGUCUAAUGAUAAGGGGUGGGGCUGAGUACGGACUGGGGAUCUACGUCACAGGAGUGGACCCUGGAUCUGCUGCCCAUGUUGGUGAACUCAAGGUGGGUGACCAAAUUCUGGAAGUGAAUGGUCAGAGCUUUGUCACUAUCUCCCAUGAUGAGGCAGUUAACAUCCUCAAGUCAGGGCACCACCUACUGAUGAGGUUGAGGGAUGUGGGCCGUCUGCCUCAUGCACGUACAAUUGUGGAUGAGACUAAAUGGGUCUGUGGUCAGGUCAUCGCUGAGACCAAUGCAACAGCUGCCCUAAAUUCUGUCUCACAUCCUAGUGACGGUGCUCUUGUUCAUCCAAGCAUCAGUGCCAGUGGCAACAAUACAAGACCGUCAUCUGCCAGAGCUACCCCUGUAUUUGGAAAGUCGGCAGGGUACAGAGGGGUUAGCCCACCUGGUGCUCAGGUGUCUCUGGAGCAACAGGCCUACAUGCUGCUGACAGAACAGGAGAGGCAGACCAUGGCCUACUACCUGCAGGAGUAUCAGCAAGGACACAUCAAUGUGGAGCCAUUGACCAUGGCUCUUUCUGAGCUUUUCAACACCCAUGCAAAGUUGUCCUUGUUGUCUGAGGUCAGGAGUCUAGUGGCUCCUCAGGAUCUGGAGGUGUAUGACAGGCUGGUGUUGCACCAUCAAAGGGAGGCUCAUCAGGCCUGGCAAGGAGGUCUCAGAGUGCUACAUCCAUCAGGCCAUUGCAGCCAUGCAGCUCUUGUGAUACAUGAUGCAGGACAGAUCAGCCGUCCAGUGGCUGAAGCUUCCACUGGCAACUGGAUAGAAAAAGAACAAGAAAAGAACAGGAAUGCCUUCCGAAACAUUUCACUGGAUGAAGCGAGGUCUUCUCCUCCACCUUUCAGGGCUGCACCUGGCAAGGCCCAGAAUAUUCAAACCAGAGACAAAGAGCUCAGUCAGCAGCCCUCAGCCCGGCUGCUCCAGCCCAGUUCCAGUGUACCCCUUCCUGGUCCMACUCGGCUGCUUCAAGAAUGCUUCCACAAGUCACUAAAAUCCUUGCCUACCUCCCCGCAGCCCUUCUCAACAUCUGCCCAGCAUACCUGUGCUGCUACAAAAUAUCAUACAUCUCUCAAUACACUCCAACAUACCUUCCAGAGCACCCCUCACCUCUCUGGCUCAGAGCAAUACACCCAUUCACACUUCACUCAGCAUGCUGGCCACUUCAACCGGCUCACUUCAGGACACCAAACAUGUCCGGGCUUCCUGCACCAUCGGGACUCCUCCAUAUUUGUUCAACCGGAGGCAGCAGUCAAACUUUCUUCUCGGUCAAGUUCAUAUGAAAAGUCAUCUGUUUUUUCAAAGUCUGCCUCCUCCUCUAAAGAAGCAUCUCCAAUGCCAUCACCUCAUCCAUCACCGCGUCCUUCGCCGUGUCCUUCCCCAUGCCUCUCUCACAUGAUACCUGCCUCUCUAUCAUGUAGUCCAGACCGGCCAUGCUCACCUGCCCUUACCCACAAAAUCAUCGUUCCAGACAUGAACCGGCUGUCUGCAGACUCCAGACAACAGCAAAGAGGUGCCCUGUCUCAGUUGUCAGACAGUGGUCAGACUCUGAGUGAAGACAGCGGUGUAGAUAUAGGAGAGACCAGCGGUCUUACUAAGGAUGGCAGCCCAAGACCAACCAAAAAUAAGCAGAGCCAUCUGGAACUGCAAGGGGCCCACAUGCCUCCUACAGGGGCCACAAGACAACAGACAAGCUCACCUAUUUCAGCACUCAACACUGCCCUAGUCAGAGUGAUGAAAAAUUCCAACACGUUGGGAAUUGCUAUAGAGGGAGGAGCGAAUACAAGGCAACCUUUGCCACGCAUUGUGACCAUUCAGAAAGGAGGGUCAGCUCAUAAUUGUGGCCAGCUGAAGGUUGGCCAGGUCAUCCUAGAAGUCAACGGAAUUUCCCUGAGAGGGCAGGAACACGAAGAGGCCGCCCGAAUCAUUGCUGAAGCUUUCAAGACCAAAGAGAAGGACCAUAUUGAUUUCCUGGUGGCUGAGCUAUGGUUCUAGAAAAAAGACAGUCACUCAGUACACUUUAAUCGAAAAAGAAAUUGUUAUGUAUCAUUGAGAACUCUCAAUGAACGCCCUCUAUUAAACAUCCUCAAUUCAU